AAGCUUAAAGUGCGGCAAAUAUAAAUAAGUAUUAUUAGGUUAGAAAUAGAAGUGAGUUUCACUUAAGGAGAGUGGACUCUUUCAAUAUUCAAAUAUCGCUUUGAACGCUGAGAAAGCUCGGCGUGUAAUCCCAGUGGCAUUACGUCUAGAAGAAAGAGCAUUCUUAGACUGGAAUCUUUGAAAAUCCAUCUGCGUAUUUGAUUUCUAGUUGGUUCAACCAUGAAUUCGGGCUGUGCGACCUUGAAGACCAAUGUUUACCCUGUUAAAGUCAGAAAAGGAAGUUUCACGAAUCGAACUUCAGGAUUUUUUGGGGAAAGCAUUAAUUGGAGCCUAAAAUGUAGAGACUUGAAUAUCCAACAGCGGAAAGGUUUGAAGAGUGAUAACAAAGUUGGAAAAUAUAAGCUUGGUGUCGCUUACUCCAUUCUCACCGAUUUAGACAAGGAGACUACGUUUGAAACACCAAUGUUCGAGACUCCACAAGCAGACCCCAAAAAUGUAGUUUCGAUCAUAUUGGGUGGUGGUGCUGGGACUCGCCUAUUUCCUCUGACGGGCAAAAGAGCUAAGCCGGCGGUUCCUAUCGGAGGGUGUUACAGGCUGAUUGAUAUCCCAAUGAGCAAUUGCAUCAAUAGUGGCAUAAAGAAGAUUUUUAUAAUGACACAGUUCAACUCAUUUUCCCUCAAUCGCCACCUUGCUCGAACAUAUAAUUUUGGGAAUGGUGUUAAUUUUGGUGAUGGAUUUGUGGAGGUUCUGGCUGCCACUCAAACUCCAGGAGAUUCUGGGAAGAGAUGGUUCCAAGGAACGGCUGAUGCUGUGAGACAAUUUAUAUGGGUUUUUGAGGAUGCCAAGACCAAGAAUGUUGAGAACAUUUUGAUACUGUCUGGCGAUCAUCUUUACCGAAUGGACUACAUGGAUUUUGUCCAGAAGCAUGUUGACACAAAUGCUGAUAUUACAGUCUCAUGCUUACCUAUGGAUGAUGGUCGAGCUUCAGAUUUUGGAUUGAUGAAAAUUGACAACACAGGACGUGUUAUCCAAUUCGCUGAAAAGCCAAAGGGCCCUGACUUGAAAGCAAUGCAAGUUGAUACUUCUGUUCUCGGGCUUUCUCAGAAUGAUGCUGCGAAAUACCCUUAUAUCGCGUCAAUGGGUGUUUAUGUGUUUAAAACUGAUGUUCUGUUGAAGCUAUUAAAAUGGAGCUAUCCUCAUUGUAAUGACUUUGGUUCUGAAAUUAUUCCAUCAGCCGUGAGAGAACACAAUGUCCAAGCGUACUUAUUCAAUGACUACUGGGAGGACAUUGGAACCAUAAAGUCUUUUUUCGAUGCCAACCUCGCUCUAACAGAACAGCCUCCCAAGUUUGAAUUCUAUGAUCCAAAGACACCGUUCUUUACAUCUCCUAGGUUCUUGCCACCUACUAAAGUUGAAAAAUGCAGGAUCGUGGAUGCAAUCGUCUCUCAUGGUUGUUUCCUGAGGGAGUGUAGCGUCCAGCACUCCAUUGUUGGUGUCCGCUCACGUCUAGAGUAUGGUGUAGAACUUCAGGAUACGAUGAUGAUGGGUGCAGAUUACUACCAAACUGAAUCUGAGAUCGCCUCACUGCUUGCAGAAGGAAAGGUUCCAAUUGGUGUUGGUCAAAAUACCAAAAUCAGAAAUUGCAUCAUUGACAAGAAUGCCAAGAUAGGAAGAGAUGUGGUUAUCAAAAACUCCGAUGGUGUUGAAGAAGCAGACCGAUCAAGCGAAGGAUUUUACAUAAGGUCAGGUAUUACAGCAAUACUGAAGAAUGCAACCAUCAAAGAUGGAACAGUAAUUUAAGUUUAUAUAGUUUCUUUUUUGGUAUUUAUGGUAGAAAAAGUUUUCGAGGAAGUUGAUUCACGGGAUUUAACUUUCACGUAACUCAUCUGCUGCUCACAUAUGUAAAUUAAAUGUUGUUUCAACCUGUUGCUGAAUAUUUAGAGAAUAAAGGGUGCUCAUGGUUUUAUUUUA